AAGAGAUAACUUGCAUUCUCACCACAAUAGCAACCUUAUUGGACUUAAGCCAAUCAGAGAGCCUGAAUGUAGUCUCUGGACUAUGCUCUCAAAGCCUGUCUCCUCGCCCUUCCCCAGAGCUUCCACUUCUGACAAGAUUCUCUCCAGGCAAGACAUUUCCUGCUUCAAACUUUUUCUCAGCAACCACAGCAUUUGAGACCCUGCAUUGAAGAUGGCUCAGGCACCAACAGUCAUUGUGACUCAACCUGGAUUUGUUCGUGCACCCCAAAAUUCCAAUUGGCAGACAGGCAUGUGUGAUUGCUUCAGUGACUGCGGAGUCUGUAUCUGCGGCACAUUCUGCUUUAUGUGCCUUGGGUGUCAGGUGGCAGCUGACAUGAACGAAUGCUGUUUGUGUGGAACAUCUGUCGCAAUGAGGACUCUCUACCGAACCCGAUACGGCAUUCCCGGGUCUAUUUGUGAUGACUACAUGGCCACCGCCUGCUGCCCUGUUUGCUCUCUGUGCCAAAUCAAGAGAGAUAUCAACAGGAGAAGAGCCAUGAAUGCUUUCUAAAGAGCCUGAUGAUGAAUCAGUUUGGAGCUUGAGAAACAGAAUUAAAGGCUGGAUCAUUUAUUCAUUGCUUGGAAUGAAAUGCAGGAAUAGCAAUUCCUUAAGUCUCUCAAAGGGCUAUCUUAUUAUAAUACAAGAUUCAUUUAGAUUUCUUCUAGAAAGAAAAUAGUUCUGUGUUUUUUUAAACCAUAUUUUAGUAAAUAAUGGUAAAUUUUCUAUGAUGUAAAAGAUACCAAUACUGUAAAAUAAAAAGAGCUUUAAAGUCA